AAAGAUAAUUCUUGGCUGUUACAUUUUAAAUUCAAAUCUAUUAUUAAUAAUAACUGACGACAUAACUGAUAAAAGCAAUGAUAUAUUCUUGAAUUUACAGAAAUAGAAAGAUUACUAGGCGUCAAAAAUCUUGCCUUGCCAAGUGCAAAAUGCUGAUGCUCCAAUUAAAAUUAAUAUCUAAAACAUUUAAUAUGUUCUUUUUAUCUAUUUCAUAAAUUAAAUAUUUUAUUUCUAUAUAAUUCUUAAAAAUUUGAGGAAUACAAUCAUGACAAUAAUCGCAGAAAUUAGAUAUGAGGUGCUACAUACAUACAUAACAGACAUGGCCUACGUUCAUGUCAAUCAUUGUAUGUUAACUUACGUUCCCGAUUUACAUACACGAGAAUGGAGUAGAUCGCGCGCGCGCGCGCGCGCGCGACCACUUCCGGGAAAGUGUAAAUGGAUUUUUAAAUCGCGACGCGCAUCGCGCGCGCCGCGAAUCAACAUGGUGGCGAUCAGCUGUCUUCUGUCACAAUGACGCUCGCGACGACAAACGAUCAAAUUAAUUAGCGGCCGAUCGGUACGGUGUGAUCUUAAUCGUCGGCUCGAUCGCGACCGAUCGUGGUUCGAGGAUUGGCGUCACGCGACACGGCGACGUGGACACGUGUCAGUUCCGUCCGUUUCCGAAAAGCUGACGCGCCGCAAGGCGAGCGAGCGAGCGAGCGAGCGAGCGAACGAACGAGCGAGCGAGCGACGCGCCUCGCUCCGCUUGAAGUGAGCGGCGGGUGGUACGCACAAAAGCAAUAUGGUGACCGUCGGGGGAUAGCCCGAGACAUCGAGUGCGCACACGGGGGAUGUUUAAUAAUAUUUAUCAUCGUCGACAACGUGCGUUGGUGAACGCGAGUGAUGAACUUGACAUGACCGAGAGCCUCUCGAUAGGCUAAAACAAUUCGGACACCAUGUGCGAUGUGUGCGUCGAUUUUCACGAUCUUCUGCUAUCCUAUGACGAACGUUCGUCUAAGGAACAGGAUGCAUUGGCAACAUUGUAUAUAACAGAUGUCGAUACAACAUUGCAUUAUGUUAAUCAAUGGGUGCAAAGACAAUGUAUGUGCUGUUAUCGUGAAAUUAAAAAUUUUGAUCGAUUUAUAAGGCUAACUCAAAGUGUCGUGCUCUGUACGUUACAACAGUUGCAAGUUAUACAGCAAAAUGAGCAACAGGGAGAUGUCGCUAAAGAGAUGCCUAAGGAUGAAAAGGAUGAGGAAGAGAAAAAUAAUAAACGAAAAUCCAGUGACAACGCGGAGCAUGGACAAGUGGAAAUUAAGACGAAACAGAUUUGGUCUCAGCAAGAUAGAGAAAGAUUGUUUCAUCUUCUUUCAAAAAUAUUUUUACUUAAUUUCCCACUCUAUAUCGCUAUGAAGCACGGCGGUGUAAUCAAUCCCUUAGCUCCCGUCAAGGAUGAAGGUGGUUAUUGUGAGCCACACGAUCCUGAGGUACCGGCGCCUUUAAUUCGUGCAGUAUCUAUAUUUUGCCAUCAAGGAGGCUUUAAUUUGAUGUCCGCUUGUUUCGAUAUGGAAAGCACACUGCCCGUUAGCCUUGCGCAUUCUAUGGUUGCGGUUAUUUGUAAUCUAAAACUUUGGUUAAACUAUGCCAGUGUCAUUCAACUAUUUAUACCAUUACGCAGUCGUGUUAUGAAGUAUAUGUGCCGUUUAGGAGACAAGGAAUUGCGUACUCCGGCUGUUAGGACUAUGGCAGAUUUUAUGUGGAGCGCAGUGAAAGAUCCAAUAGACGCUGUAUUACCAAGUUUUGAUCGUGAUGGACUUGACUUGGCAUUUAAAUACUUUACUAGUACAACUCUGACUAUGAGGCUGGCUGGUGUGGCUCAGAUAAACGCUCAUAUUACCGCAUCUAAUGAGCUAUGCAAUAGUGAGACUGUCGCGGAGGUCGAACAAGUGGGACACGCUCUUGCUGCUUGGUUGACUGAGAAUAACAUCAUAGCUCAUAUAUUCGGACCAAACUUACACGUAGAGGUUAUUAAGCAAAGUCACAUUAUAUUAAGUUUCUUGGCUAUGGAAGGUAGAAUCACAUCCUCAGACAUGGAUACUAUGUGGCAAGCGGCACAGUUGAAGCAUUGUGGCCGUCCGGUUUAUGACCUAUUGGCACCCUUGGUCAAACAUCUGGCUCCUACUCCCGUACUUCACUUAUAUUCUUUACUAGGCAAACUAGAACCUAAGGACCACACAGAGCAAAGCUUGUUUUUAGCAUCGGCUUUGAUCAAGUUUAUUUGGACGUCCGGGCGCUCGGCUUAUCCGAGAGGUUUGGUAAUGAAAAAUAGAGAAAUUCUAAGAAGUACUGGAAGUGGGGUUGGUGGAAGUAGUAGCAGUGAUCCAAGUGGAAUGGAUGGUAGCAGCCCAGAAGAUGAUGAAGAGGAACCUAGUCCAACAUUAUCCGAUGGACCAUCACCUAGAAAACAGCCAAGAAGCUACAGUAGCGAUGGCGAAGGACAUUACAAAGGAAAGACAACUACAACCAUCGAAUCAAGUCUCAAUGAUAUCGAAGGCCUGAAUUCUGAUAAAUUUGAAUGUAACAGAGAAUUGACUAAGGAUUCUCCGACAAAUGCCAUUCGAGAUGAGAUAAAGAGCAAGCAGAGUGGAUCUGAUGCCGAAGCAGACACAGAGAAAUCUAAUACAGAGGAAAUGUUUGUACAUGAGAAGAAGAAACGAAAAAUUCUACGCAAGCGAAAAAGACCACAAAAACGUUCUUUAAGUGCUGUUGAGAAAACUUUGGAAGAUAUUGUGGGUCAAGAUGUUAAUAUAAAAUCAAAAGAUUUGCUCGAAAAUGGGAAAAACAGAACGGAAGAUAUGUUGAAUAGUAGUCUAGAUGCUUUAACUUCCUUGGAUGAGUCAAAAAGUGUGGACGCAUUGGAUCGCGUUAAGCAACAAGCGAUGGCUUUAGAUCCAAAUGAACAAGUUUCAACCACAACGGCAUUACUGAGACGCAAUAAAAACAAAUACAUGUCUAUAGUAGGAUAUAAUGUGGAUCGAGCAGCCGAUUCGGCAGACAGUUCCCACGAUGAGGACGACAGCGAUGUAGCAGGUGUGCUCGCUGCUGCAGAUGGUCCUGGUGCUGUGAUAUCCGAACUGGCUGGCUUAGUGCACGCAUCGGGUCCUACGUUCUUACCCUCGGGAUUGGAUGAAAUGCUUUCCGAUGAAGAAGGCUCGUAUAGUAGCAGAAUAUCGAAUAAAAGUGAGAAAAAUAUGGCCGAUUUCGAUGGCGAGGAGAGCGGUUGUGAAGAAGAACUGGCUCAAUUAGCUGCGCGUCAUCUAACUGCUAUACAAAUGCAAGCUUAUCAUCCGCAUCAUUCGCACUCAACUAUGACAAUUAGAAGAUCUGUCUGCCAACAGUCUCAAGUGCGAACCGCCCGACAAGCGGCUACGAGAUUGAGUUCACAGUUUAACUUGGACACAGUUUGUAAACCGGGUAACACGUUACUGUGGGAUCUUCUUCAGGAUGAUAAGAUAGGUCAAUUGGGAGAGGGCCUGGCUUUAGAGGCAGAAAAGGCAUUAUGCAAUCUUCUAUGUUUUAACAUUGAUCGUUUAAUUCCAAUGAAGUUCAUAGAAGGCUGCUUAGAAAAUUUGGCAACUAAUCGUUCCGUAGUCGUAUCUUUAAGACUAUUACCAAAAUUGCUUGCGAGCUUCCAGCAAUUUGGUGCAAUGGACGCGCACACGAUCACAACCUGGGCCGAUCGUGAACGCGGCAUGAUGAAGCAUUUUUUUAACAAUCUCAAAACUUACACCAGUAUAGGACCAAAAAGUAAUUUAUAUUCUCAUCAAACGGAAAUACAAGUUAGAUUACAGUUUUUGUCAUCAAUUUUCUCACCAUUAGGUUCACCUGACUGUUUUCGUUUGAGUCUAGAACAGGUGGACAUAUUGUGGCAAUGUCUGUCACAAGAUCCGGUCUGCGCGGAUGAGCUCUUUAGCUGGUUACUCAGCCAAGCAAAAUCUACAGAGCAGCAUGCUUUAGGGAUGGAUACGCUCAAACACCUUUGCAUGCGCAAAUUACCGAGUUUACCACCAGAAACUAUCAGCAUGACUGGCCUUAGUCUAUUCCAACAAUUGUGCAAUCUGGCGCGUCUGGCAGCAGCGCAUUUGGAUAGACCGCUUAGGGAUGUAGAUUCAGUAGGAAUGGACUUCCUGUGGCGAAUAGCUUUAAAAGCGAAAAGCACAGACGUCAGUAUGGCAGCUAUACAAUAUCUCAACGGCUAUUACAUGUCACGACAACUGACACAGGAGGCAGAAUUUGUUUCGCAAUGCAUGACGCAUCUUGCAGCAGCCAGUGCCGAUCUUGAAACUAACGAGGAAGCUAGUUUACGCUGCAUUCAGCGUGCCUUACUCCUCUUAAGAACACAUUUGGAAGCUUUUCGGAAACGCUAUGCCUAUCAUUUGCGUCGCUGGGUGCUUGAAGGCAGAGGUGCCGCGAGCCACGUAGCCAUGAACACAUCUGAGAAAGGCCAGCAAUUAAGAAUUUUUGUGCAGCCGGCUGGUAUACCGGAGAAGAUGACUUUUACUCUUUUGAACACCGAUUAUGUAGCUGAUUUACGAGCUGAAGUUGCUAAAUGGUGGGAUGACACACAAAAUGUUCAAGAGAAAUCUACGGCUUCUGCGAAUGCCAGUCAAAACAGUGGAUCGGUUUUAGGAUCGUUGCUUACUGACGGUCCUAUCAGAAUGAUUACCCAAGGUCAGGAAUUAACUAUCGAUUUCGAUGAAAAGACUUUACAGGAAAUGGGCUUUAAAGACGGGCAAUUGGUAUUUAUUUCGCUCGGUGCCAGCAGAGGUAACGGCGGUCGUUGCAGCAAAAGAGAUAUGGAUUCGCCCUCAUUAUUACCGCCUCCGCCUAGAGAAUCCUUGCCAACUUUGCUGUUACUUCGGCCACAAUACUUUGAGCAAUUAUUUACACUUAUGAGGACGCUUAGCGCUAUGAAAACGACAGUAAAGGGAGGGCAAGAGAUUCCUCAUACAAAAGCACAAGUACUUUCGAGAAGAGUUUGGGACACGCUCACUUUGUUACCUACAAGUCCAACUUUGCUACGAGGCUUUCAGAAACUCGGCGAGACUUCUCUCCAAGAAUUGCUUGAUCCGGCGAGUCCACAGAAGUUGAUGUAUUCGCUUUAUAUAGUUGAAUCCUUGAGUCGACGAGGCACGACAAGUCAGCCAUCACCGAGUAAUUCCACUCUAUCGACCACAACAUCGACGCAUGAAGGUGGUGGAGAUGCGGAUGACAACCACGACGAUAAAGAAAAAGAUGUGGCUUGGUCCACCCUAUUUGUACAAUAUGGUGGACUCCGACAUCUUUUUGACAUUUUUAUGUCUGGUUGUUUGGAGCAAGGAGAUGGUAGUGAGUGGCAACAGGAUUGUCUCGCUAGUUUACUAAAACAACUCUGUUAUCUCGGAGUUGUGAAAGAAGAGAAGAAACGUAAUAAAGCGGACAAACCAUUGCUAGUGCCAAGACUUAGCGAAGCGAUGUUAAGAAUGAUGAACGUCGACACAGUAAUGCCAAGGAUAACAAGUAUUUUAAACGAUGCUUCAUUACCGCUUGAUCCGAAUCAUUAUAAAACAGGGCUCUUUGGUCGAUCCCAAGUGAUACACUAUGCCAUGGCACUGCUAGUUUGUUGGGUACAUAGCGAUCCGACAGUCAGGCAAUAUUUGUUCUCGUCAUCCGAGCCGUUUGGAAAAACAUGGUUGCGUAGAUUGAUCUUGGAAGAUCCUGAGCCAGCAGUAAGACGUGAGGUAUGUACAGCUCUGUACAGAUUAUGCUUGGGCAUCACCGGUACGGAGGACGAUAACUCGGAUCAGAUGCCAGGAUUGAUAGUACCAAUGUUAAACACUCUGCUGGAGCAUCUCGUUAUCGCUGAAGCUAUGCAACCUUCUCAUCGUAAGCCGGAUUUGCCAUUACAUCUACAUACUGUUUUGGAUGAUGGAAAAGAACCUUAUGGACCUGCCUGUAAAGAUUAUUUUUGGUUGGUGUGUCGUCUAGUAGAUUCUCUUCCAGAUGAGGCAAUCCGAGAGAGCUCAGCAGACGAUACCGCUUGCACAACGAUCGAUCUUGAAGCAUUGGCUAUUCGGAUGAUUGAUUCUGUGCUGAACAGAGAGCAUCUAGAAACGCGACAUAACACGGUAGAAGAUGACGCUCUGAUCGGAUUGAUAAAUCUCACCUGUAACAUAAUAACGCACAACCCACCCUGCAAACAGGAUAAAAUCGGUCAAAACUUAUUGAAUCAGGUGUUUGAUUUCCUGUUCGCCUUACCUAAUCCACGAAGUAAGCACGUACCCAAGUGUAAAAGCCAAGCGUCCAGAUCGGCUGCUUUUGAUCUUUUAGUCGAAUUGGUGAAAUCUGCACCCGAAAAUUACAAGAUAUUACAUGAAAAGCUGCUCGCCCAGCACCGUCCCGGACCGCACUCCCCGUAUCCGUGGGACUACUGGCCUCACGAGGAUGGACGUUCAGAUUGCGGGUACGUAGGCCUGACAAAUCUGGGCGCGACAUGUUACAUGGCCAGUUGCAUGCAGCAUCUGUACAUGAUGCCACAAGCGCGUGUCUCUAUACUGGGCGCCGAUUGCAGCCGUGCGAAUAAGCACCAACUGACCCUACGAGAACUACAGAGAAUGUUUGCUUACUUGUUGGAAUCGGAAAGAAAAGCGUACAAUCCGAGGAGCUUCUGUCGCGUGUACACGAUGAACCACGAACCGCUCAACACUGGUGAACAGAAGGAUAUGGCUGAAUUUUUCAUCGAUCUUGUUUCUAAGCUCGAGGAAAUGACAUCGGACCUAAAAAAUCUGGUGAAAACGCUGUUCUGCGGCGUGAUAUCCAAUAAUGUAGUCUCCCUUGAUUGCGAGCACGUUAGUAGGACAUUGGAGGAGUUCUAUACCGUUCGAUGUCAAGUGGCAGAUAUGCGGAAUCUCUAUGAGAGCUUGGACGAGGUCACGGUGAAAGAUACGCUCGAGGGUGACAAUAUGUAUACAUGCUCGCAAUGCGGCAAGAAAGCGCGAGCCGAAAAGCGAGCCUGCUUCAAAAAGCUACCGCAUAUAUUGUGCUUUAAUACAAUGCGCUACACCUUCAACAUGGGCACCAUGCUGAAGGAAAAGGUCAAUACGCACUUUAGCUUCCCGCUUAGACUGGAUAUGUCGGGUUACGUCGAAAAGAAGCUCAUGCCGCAGCAUUAUCAAGACGAGAAGAAGGCGGCGUCCGAGAAGAAAAAAUCCGAGAACGGUGGACAUUCGAGAUCAUUGCUGGUGGAGGCUGAUGCGGAGGAAGAGGAGGAGGAUAUGGAGCAUUAUCAGUAUGAUCUGAUUGGCGUGACCGUUCACACGGGAACGGCGGACGGUGGGCAUUAUUACAGUUUUAUCCGAGAUCGCACGUCUCCCAGCAAAGACAAAUGGUUCUUGUUCAACGACGCCGAGGUCAAACCGUUCGAUCCGAAUCAGAUCGCGGCCGAGUGCUUCGGCGGCGAGAUGACCAGCAAGACGUACGACUCGGUGACGGACAAGUUUAUGGACUUUAGCUUUGAAAAGACUAAUUCGGCGUAUAUGCUGUUCUACGAAUGGUGUGCCGAUCCCGGCGAGCAAGCGAAGGAGGAAGAGGCGACUGUCUCGAGCCCAACCGCCGACAAUAUUGACAAUAAUACUGGACGAUCGUCUUCUCUUAUGCGUAAUAACGUAAAUAAAUUGCCACCGCUGGAGCUCAACAAGGAACUCGAGGAUUGGAUAUGGCAGGAUAAUAUGCAUUUUCUGCAAGAUAAAAAUAUAUUCGAACACACGUAUUUUGGAUUUAUGUGGCAGAUAUGCGGAUAUAUACCGCAGACGUUACUUUCCGUGCAGCCGGACAUCACGGAGAUGUCCGCGGAGUUGUCCACAUCGUUUUUUAUGGAAACAUUUAUACACGCCAAAGAGAAGCCGACGAUGGUACAAUGGGUGGAGUUAUUGACAAAACAGUUCAACGGCUCGGCUGGCGCGUGUGCGAGAUUCCUCGAACGGAUGGCUGGCGAUUCGUGGUGGCCUAUUCAGAUUCUAGUCAAAUGCCCUAAUCAGAUGGUUAGACAGAUGUUUCAACGGUUAUGCAUUCACGUGAUUCAACGAUUGCGCGCUACACAAGCACCUUUGUACCUUCUCUGCGACGAAGAGAACGACGUGAACACUGUUGGCACUCGAUCCUGCGUCACGCGUUUCGUUAGGAUGUUACUGUCGCUUAUGGAACACGCCAAGCAACAUCUUAAGCAUCUCACCGAAUAUUUUAGCUUCUUGUACGAGUUCAGCAAAAUGGGCGAUGACGAAGCUAUUUUUCUGAUCAGAGUGCAGGCCAUUUCGACGAUGGUGAACUUUUAUCUUGGGCAUAAGACACACGAGUUCGUCGACGCGGUCAGUGAAGAGGAAGAGGAGGAGGAGAUUGUGACCGUGCCUUCGGAGAAACUUCGACCCGCUUCGCUGGACAAGAUGAUCACAUUGAUAGCAUACCUGGUUGAACGUAGUAGAGGACAAGAUCACAGAUUGGCAUUGUCACCAUCGGACCUGAGCGCUGUAGCAGGUGGCAAAGGCUUCCCCUUUCUGUAUCAGCAGACGCGAGAUAUCAUAAAUCUCGCUCAGACCAGAAAUUUGAUUCAAUCGUUGUGUCGUUGGAACGACAGGCUGGCGAUACACGUUAUUACGAUGAUAUUUCAAGCGAUAAUGAAGCACACCGACGUGUGCCAGCCGUUUUUCAAGCUAUUAACAUUGUUGACGGAAAACUCAGGAUUGAGUGGAUUGCCUUGCAUGACCCAACUAAUCCUCGGCAGAGUCUGGGAAGCGGCGAGAGUCGCUCCGCACGGUGCGCUUGAAUGGCUAGCUCUCGCAGUUACCAGAAGCAAACUUGCGCACGCCUGGGUACUACAAGAACUCAAUACGUGGCUGCAACACUAUCUCCUUGAGCACUCCAAUCAAAGAGUCCGUUCGGCUGCAGCUUUCCUAUUGGUGUCAUUAGUACCAUCUACGCAUUUUAGACAGGGCUACCGUAGCGCUCAUCGUCUUGGUCUGGGCUGUAACGCGUCCAGAGAACUUCAAUUAUCACCCGAAGCUAUUCUGAUAUUGCAUCAGAUAUAUACGGCACUCCUGAGACUGCUUCAACCCGCACGACAUUACAUUGACAUACAAACUCACGGUACAAUGAAGCUCACUGCCUAUUUUGCAUUGCUCACAUAUUGCGUAGUCUCGAAAACUGAGAAAUUAAUGUUUGGUCAAUAUCUUAACGAUUUGUGGACACUUUUCCAUCCGAAGCUUUCGGAGCCAAGCAUUCCGGUGCAUCAUAAUAAGCAAGCGGUACUUUUAUUCUGGUAUCACGUUUGCUCCGACUGUCCAGAAAACGUGGCUAUGAUACUUCAUAAUCCACACAUAACUAAAAAUAUUGCAUUUAAUUAUAUACUCGCUGAUCAUGAGGAUCAAGAUGUCGUGCUGUUUAACAGAGUUAUGUUACCUGCGUAUUACGGUCUCCUAAGACUUUGUUGUCAGCAAUCACGAACUUUCACAAGACAAUUGGCUGCGCAUCAAAAUAUUCAAUGGGCUUUUAAAAACAUUACUCCACAUCCUACUCAGUAUUCAACCGCAGUAGACGAAUUAUUUAAAUUGAUGCAAUUGCUAGUCGCGAGGCAUCCUGAUCAAACAGAACAAGAAGAGGCAGAGAUUGCAUCGUUUAGAAGGGGCACUCUGUCCUCUUAUUUGCAAGGACUUGAUGGUCGUUCUUGUUGGGCAACUCUCAUUUCUGCUUUUCGGAUUCUCAUUGAAUCGGACGAUGAUCGUUUGUAUGUUGUUUAUAAUGGUGGUUUAAGUAUGGCCCUUGAAGCAUUUCAUAUGCUACAUAUCAUGUAUCACGAAGCAACAGCAUGUCAUGUUGCCGGUGAUUUGGCCGAGUUAAUCGCCAUUAUCGUCGAACUUGUGCGAUGCGUUCGUACCGCGAGAGAUGGGCCAGACGCUAGAAAUAUUUUGGCUAACUGCAAAGAAUGGCCCGACGUUCUACGCAAACUGGCAACCCUACUAAACACGUACAAUCCGCCGGACAUGAGAAACCUGGCUAUAGACCUUUUAAAAGAACUCGUCAUGCUCGUGCCUGCCGAAGCAAUACUGAUCCUAGCACCGUUGCUAUCACACUGCCAUGCAGCUCUUCAGGAAUCCCAUGCCGCUGUCCCACCGGGACCGUACCUUCCUAGAAGAUCUACUCCGCCCGGAAAGAUGCCGACGAGACCUGCCAGGCCGAUGAUACAAAUGGCAGUACCUCACUCUCAGCUAGAGGCAUCGAAAGGAGUAGAUCCGGAGUACGAUAGCGCCUUGCUUGAAUUCUACUUACCUUAUCACGAGCUGAUAGAUGUUAUGUGCAGACUAGCGAUUAAUAAUGAUUGCAUGACGGAUGAGUUAGUGAACUUGAGUGCUAUGCUUGGAUUCGAAGGUGUACCUUUGCACUUGGCGUUAUUUCCCAGGUUAUGGUUGGAUGUGCACGCCGCUACGCACAUAGACAGAAAACACAUCACAUCUCUUCUUUGUUCUUCCUACACAGUGGAUUAUGUGGAUGCUGUACUACUGGAUGAAAGGUCGUCAUUAGGAGUACCGGCGAUACAUGCCUUCCUCAAAACUUUUUUUCCUAAGUUGGCCACUCAUGUAUUAACCGAGCAAACGUGCUUACUCAUCGACAAUCUGGUCAGCUCGUUGACGACGAUGGUUGAGGCAGUGGACGUUGAUACGUCGGCGCAUAGACUGACUGGUGAUUUGCGCGCCUUGGCUCUCGUUUAUAGCAGUAGCACAAGACUGAAACCACCUUCUAGCCUAUUGCCGGCUUUAGAGACUCUAUUGUCGCGAACUCGGACUAUUACAAUGAAGGAGAAUCACACGUCGCCGGAAUUAGAAACGCCUUCCAAGAGACGUAAGUUGUGCGGUAAUAGCGAAUCGGCCGAUAGAGAUUUAUGCGCGCCCAUCAAGAACAUCGACGCGGAAAACAAUAUCUCCGAAACGGAAAUGGAUAAGGCGGACACAGUGAACGAUACGAUGUCUUCCGAUUCUGGGGACGAUAAGGCCGCCGCUACUGCCAGACACAAGUCGAGCAAUGUUCAAGCGGAGGCUAUCGCCACUAGCAUCAAUGAUGCCGUGUCGCCGCCGAGUUUGGUUACCACCGCUAAUAGUUGUACAAAUCAGUUGCGUUGCUCGUUGACCAAUGUCUCGUGGCUCGAGAUGUUGGAGAAGACCAUCGUCGAUCUUCAAACGAUCGUACAAGUGCAAAGCAAAAAUAAUUAAUCGCGCGGAUUCGGUGCGAUGCAGGCGGAGCAAGCUCUCUA